AUGAGGAUUACGGAAAUUGUCAUAGACGGCUUCAAAUCGUACGCUGUGCGUACGGUGAUCUCGGGAUGGGACGAGUCAUUCAAUUCCAUCACCGGUCUGAACGGUAGUGGUAAAUCCAACAUCCUCGAUGCCAUUUGUUUCGUCCUCGGUAUCACCAACAUGACCACGGUCCGCGCGCAGAAUCUUCAGGAUCUCAUCUACAAACGUGGUCAAGCGGGUGUCACGAAAGCCAGCGUUACGAUCGUCUUUGACAACACGGACACAGCGAAGUCGCCAAUCGGAUUCGAGGAAUAUGCCAACAUUUCAGUGACCCGACAGAUUGUGCUGGGCGGAACGAGCAAGUACCUGAUCAACGGACACCGCGCGCAACAACAAACCGUCCAAAAUCUGUUCCAAAGUGUUCAACUGAACAUCAACAAUCCCAACUUCCUGAUCAUGCAGGGUCGCAUCACGAAAGUCCUCAACAUGAAGUCCGUCGAAAUCCUUUCCAUGAUCGAGGAGGCAGCGGGCACACGCAUGUUCGAGGAUCGAAGGGAAAAGGCGAACCGCACAAUGGGAAAGAAAGAGCUGAAACUGCGUGAAAUUGAGGAAUUGCUGAAGGAAGAGAUUGAACCGAAGCUGGAGAAGCUGCGAUCCGAGAAGCGAGCAUUCCUUGAUUUCCAACAAACGCAGAACGAUCUCGAGCGCAUGACCAGACUCGUUGUUGCGCACGACUACAUUCGCGGUGGAGAGCGGUUGCGCAUUGCCGGAGAGGAAUGCGAAAACAAACGGAACAAGGCGCAGGCACUCGAAGAUAACGCGCAUAAGCUGAAGAGUGAAAUCGCCCACCUGGAGGAGGACGUCAAACGUGUUCGGGCAGCCCGCGACAAAGAACUCCGGAAAGGCGGCAAAUUCCAAGGACUUGAAGAUGAGGUCAAGAACUACUCCCACGAAUUGGUCCGACUGUCUACAGUCUUCGAUCUCAAGAAUGCGAGCAUGGAAGAAGAGAAGGAAAAGCGCCAGGCAAUCCAACAAACCGUCGUGGACCUCGAAAAAGCCCUGAAAGAGAAGCGCAAGAUUUACGAGAAGAUCCAAGCGCAGUACGAUACCGCCAAAGCCGAACUCGAUGCUCAAACAGUGGAAGUAGAGCAAAAGGAAGAGCUGCUGCAGACAUUGCAGACGGGUGUUGCUUCAAAAGAAGGCCAGGAGAGUGGUUACCAAGGCCAGUUGCAAGAUGCCCGCAACCGCGCAAGCAAUGCUGCCACGGAACAAGAACAGGGCAAACUUAAGAUCAACCACCUGGAAAAGCGCAUUAAAGAGGAGGAGCCCCGGGCAAAGAAGGCCAAGGAGCAAAAUUCCGGUCUUCUACGUGAUCUGGAGGGACUGAAGGCGCAGGCUGGCAAGCUAGAAUCAGAAUUGAGCCGACUUGGCUUUGAGCCUGGGAAGGAGGAGCAGAUUUACCAGGAGCAGACCGGUCUUCAAAGAGAUAUCCGAGAUCUUCGACAACGGGCCGAUGGUCUCAGGAGGCAGGCAGCGAAUAUCGACUUCAACUACGCUGACCCGCAUCCCAACUUUGACCGCUCCAAGGUCAAGGGUUUGGUCGCGCAACUCUUCACUCUGAACAAAGAUCGAGUUCCAGCGGCAACUGCGCUCGAGAUUUGUGCUGGUGGCCGCCUCUACAACGUGGUAGUUGACAGCGCAGAGACCGGUACUCAACUGCUCCAAAAGGGCAAGCUGCGCAAGCGUGUUACCAUUAUUCCCUUGAACAAGAUCUCUGCUUUCAAGGCCUCCGUUGAGAAGAUUGGCGCUGCGCAGAACAUUGCCCCAGGGAAGGUUGAUCUUGCGCUGUCAUUGAUCGGACACGAUGAAGAGGUCCUCGCAGCCAUGAACUAUGUCUUCGGUAACACGCUCAUCUGUGAUGACGCCGAAACCGCCAAGAGAGUGACAUUCGAUCCGUCAGUUCGAAUGAAGAGUGUUACACUUGAAGGCGAUGUCUAUGACCCAUCUGGAACACUCUCUGGAGGAAGUUCCCCCAAUUCCAGCGGAGUUCUCGUUACUUUGCAGAAGCUGAAUGAAAUCACCAAGGAGCUGCGGAGCAAGGAGCGUCAACUUGCGACAUUAGAAGACCACAUGAACAGGGAGAAGAAGAAGCUCGACGCAGUCCGUUCUGUGAAGCAGAACUUGGAUCUCAAAACCCACGAAAUUAAGCUCACUGAGGAGCAGAUCAACAGCAACUCUUCAUCCUCGAUUAUCCAAGCCGUGGAAGAAAUGAGAGCCAAUAUCGAACAACUCAAGAAGGACAUUGUAGACGCUAAGGCUCGCCAAGCAGCAGCAUCCAAGGAUAUCAAGCAGAUCGAGAAGGACAUGAGCGAAUUCACCGACAACAAGGACAGCAAGUUGGCGGAGCUACAAACCUCACUGGACAAACUCAAGAAGAGUCUGGCCAAGACCUCAAGCUCUGUGAAAGAGCUGCACAAGGAGUUGCAGACCUCCAGACUUGACUCUGAACAAGCCGGAAGCGACUUGUCUGCGGCCGAGGAGCAACUGGUCGAAGCAGACAACACUCUCAGCGCUCAAGCAGAGGAGAUUGAGUCACAGAAGCGUGAGCAAACGCGACUGAAAGAUGCUCAUGAUAUCGCACAAGCUCAACUCAAUGAUGAGAGGGCGAAGUUGACCGGAUUCGACGAGGAACUACGAGAGUUGGAGUCGGCCAUGAAGAGUAAAUCUUCCCAAAUCACCGAAGACGGCCUUGAAGCGCAGAAGCUCGGCCAUCAGCUCGAAAAACUCCAAAAGGACCAACACACCGCCAGCCAGGCCGUGGCGCACAUGGAGCAAGAACAUGAGUGGAUUGCCGACGAAAAGGAGCACUUUGGCCGUGCGAACACACCAUACCAUUUCGAGGGCCAGAACAUCGCCGAGUGCAAAUCCACCCUGCGGAACUUGACGGAGCGAUCUCAGGGCAUGAAGAAGAAGAUCAAUCCUAAGGUCAUGAACAUGAUCGACAGCGUGGAAAAGAAGGAGGCUGCACUGAAGAACAUGAUGAAGACAGUCAUUCGCGAUAAGCGAAAGAUCGAAGAGACCAUCAUGAACCUCAACGAAUACAAGAAGGAAGCCCUUCACAAGACCUGGGUCAAGGUCAACGGCGACUUUGGUCAAAUUUUCAAUGAACUUCUACCCGGCAGCUUUGCCAAGCUGGACCCUCCCGAAGGCAAAGACAUCACCGACGGUCUGGAGGUGAAGGUCUCUCUGGGCAAGGUCUGGAAGCAGAGCUUGACGGAACUAAGUGGUGGGCAACGGUCUCUCAUCGCCCUUUCCUUGAUCAUGGCUCUGCUACAAUUUAAGCCUGCGCCCAUGUACAUUUUGGACGAGGUCGACGCUGCGCUGGAUCUGUCUCACACGCAGAACAUUGGCCGGCUGAUCAAGACCCGUUUCAAGGGAUCUCAAUUCAUCGUCGUCUCGCUCAAAGACGGCAUGUUCCAGAAUGCCAACCGGAUUUUCCGCACACGUUUCAGCGAGGGCACAAGUAUCGUUCAGGCAUUGACCCCUGCGGACAUGAAAUGA